AUGGUAUCUCCAACGAAAAUGAUAAUAAGGUCUCCGCUGAAGGAAACAGACACUAACUUGAAACAUAAAAAUGGGAUUGCUGUAUCAACUACGACAGUGGGCCAUUUGGAUAUAUUCUCUAACGAUAAUAAUUGUAACAAUAACAACGCUACGGAAUCCUUCCCGAAGAAAAGAUCCCUUGAGCGCCUCGAGCUCCAACAACAACAACAUUUGCAUGAAAAGAAAAAAGCCAAACUAGAAAGGGCUAGAUCCAUUGAAGGUGCCGUUCAAGUGAGCAAGGUCACUGGUUUGAAGAAUGUCGAACCAAGGGUUACACCUAAAGAAUUACUGGAAUGGCAAACGAAUUGGAAAAAAAUCAUGAAAAGAGAUUCUCGCAUUUACUUCGACAUUACCGAUGACGUAGAGAUGAAUACAUACAACAAGUCCAGGAUGGACAAACGGAGAGAUUUAUUGAAAAGAGGAUUUCUUACACUAGGUGCACAAAUCACUCAAUUUUUCGACACUACUGUUACAAUAGUCAUUACAAGAAGAUCAGUUGAGAAUAUAUAUUUACUAAAAGAUACAGACAUUUUAUCUAGGGCUAAAAAAAACUACAUGAAAGUUUGGAGCUACGAAAAGGCAGCCAGGUUUUUGAAAAAUCUUGAUGUUGAUUUGGAUCACCUGAGUAAGACUAAAUCUGCUUCUUUAGCUACACCUACUCUGUCCAAUCUUUUACACAAUGAAAAAAUAUAUGGACCAACAGAUAGGGACCCCAGAACCAAGAGAGAUGAUAUCCACUACUUCAAAUAUCCUCAUGUAUAUCUUUACGAUCUUUGGCAAACCUGGGCCCCCAUAAUAACUUUAGAGUGGAAACCUCAAGAGUUGACGAACUUGGAAGAGUUACCAUACCCAAUAUUAAAACUGGGUUCUUUUGGCAGGUGCCCCUUUAUAGGCGACAGAAACUAUGAUGAAAGUUCUUAUAAGCGCGUGGUAAAGAGAUAUUCCAGAGAUAAGGCAAACAAAAAAUAUGCAUUACAACUUCGUGCCUUGUUUCAAUAUCAUGCCGAUACCUUCAUGACCACGUCAUCAGGUGAUGACCAAACCAAAAAUUUAAUAUUUAUUCCUCAUACAUGCAACGAUUCCACCAAGAGCUUCAAAAAAUGGAUGCAAGAAAAGGCAAAAACUUUCGAGAAGAAUGAAUUAAAAAAGUCACAUGAUGACGCUAUACAAUCAAUUCAAAAUGAAAAUGACAGCCAAACUGAUGAAAAGAAUACUAUCUCUUUAAAAGAGGUUGAAACCAGAAAACAUUUGCUGCAAGAAGAAGAAGGAAACAAACAGCCCAUAGUGGAACAAUCAAAAAACUAUACAUCACAGAAUGUUUUGCCUGCUGCUCCAAAACUAAGCCAUCCAAUCCUAGCAACUUUUACAAGGCAGGAGACUGAAGAAGUACCGGAUGAUUUAUGCACAUUAAAAGCAAAAUCACGCCAAGCAUUUGAAAUAAAAGCAAGUGGUGCGCAUCAAUCCAAUGAUGUAGCAACCUCUUUUGGUAACGGUUUGGGUCCAACAAGAGCAAGUGUCAUGAGUAAGAACAUGAAAUCACUAAGUAGACUAAUGGUUGAUAGAAAGCUAGGAGUAAAGCAAACAAACGGUAAUAGCAAAACUGCCGCUACAACAACUGCAGCAGAAAUAGCAAAGGAAAAUAAGCACAUUUCUGAUGGUAUUGUUCUAAAAAAAGAUGAACCCCGCUCGAAGAUGACCGGCAAUAAUAACUCCAUACAUAUGGAAACUAAUAGCAAACUACCAGAUUUUUCAAAUACAACCUCAAAAUCUGCAUCCACAAACUCAAAAUUAAAUAAUGACAUCAAAAUAAUAACCAAAGAUUCUAUAACAGCAUUGAAAAAAACCACAACUUACACUAACAUUUCCUUACAUCCUAACGCACCAACAACACAGCCGGUGAAAAAAGAAACCGUGAAAAACUCGGGAUACUGUGAAAAUUGUCGUGUAAAAUAUGAAUCGUUAGAACAACACAUAGUUUCUGAGAAGCAUUUGUCUUUUGCUGACAAUAACCUAAAUUUCGAGGCCAUUGACUCAUUAAUUGAAAAUCUCAGAUUCCAAAUAUAA